UCUAGUUCUGCACCGAAGUAGCAUGGCCAACAGCAAUCGCCAAUCAGAGUCUUCGAAUCACCUCAAGAAUGAUGUUUGAGAGUCCGAGCGUGUGUGCUUCCUUUACCGUCGACUGGGGAGCGAGUGAUUCCCUUUUUGUAGCCCAAAUCCUCGUAUAUGCCUUGCAACCUAGAAUGCAAAAUCUCUCAUCUGUUACCAAAAUGUACAUUCCUACACCUGAAUCAGAUCCAUGCGCUUAUCAUCACAGACUCACUCAGCCAGAACUUCCAGCUGUGCUGGGAGUUUCUACGUCGAAGCACCGAGUUUGGCACCAUGGAGUAUUCUAAUCUUAUUUUCUCUCAAUUUGGCAGCGACAAAUCCAACGAAGAAUUCAUGCUUCGGAAAAUCAUGAUUAGAGGGUACGCACAUAACGGUCCUUUCGAUAAAUGUUUAUCUAUGUUUGAUGAAAUGCCUCAUAGAGGUUUAAAGCCGGAUCACUAUACUUACCCGUACGUGUUAAAUUCUUGCUGCAAAAUGGGGUGUUAUAGAAUUGGCAAAAGACUACACUGCCAGGUAAUAAAGUCAGGAUUUGGAUCGAGCUUUUCUGUUGCGAAAUCACUUUUUAACAUGUAUAUCCAUAUGCCAAGUUCUUCUGAUUCUGGUGAUGUCUACGACGGGAAAAUAAUUUAUACUCGUAGACUCUUUGAUGAUAUAAUUGUAAGGCCAGUAGAAAUGUGGAACAAAAUGAUCUUUGAGUAUGUGAGGGUAGGCGAUUUAGGGACUGCAAGACAGUUGUUCGAUAAUAUGCCUCAGAGAGAUGUGGUUUCAUGGAAUUCGAUGAUUUCUGGUUAUUCUAAGGUGGGGCAAGUAGCAAAAGCUGGGGAAUUGUUUGAGAGAAUGCCCGAAAAGAAUGUAAUCUCUUGGACUUCGAUGGUUGGAGCCUAUGCUGAGGCUGGAGAGCUUGAAGCAGCGACAGAAUUGUUCGAGAAAAUGCCAUGCAGGAAUGUGGUUACUUGGAAUACGAUGAUUACAUGUUACACUAAGAAAGGGGAUUAUGAAGUGGCAUUGGAUCUUUUUGGGAGAAUGCAGUCAGAACUUGUCGUCCCAGAUGGAUAUACCUUUGUUUCUGUCCUGUCGGCGAGUUCCCACUUAGGUGCUCUUGAAUUUGGAAAACGGAUACACCAUCUAAUAGGAGAUGGUUCCCAGUGGGGACCAAAGGUGGGAACUGCUCUUGUAGAAAUGUAUGCUCAAUGUGGAGAUAUAGAUAGAGCUUUUACACUGUUCAUCAAAAUUAGAGAUAAAGAUGUCUUUGGUUGGAAUGUUGCUAUCAAAGCAUUAGCUAUCCAUGGCAGGGCCAAAGAUGCCGUUAAAAUUUUCUUAAUGAUGCAGAAGUUGGGAUUUAGGCCAAAUGACUUCACAUUUAGUACUGCGCUGUUUGCUUGUAGCCAUGGAGGCUUGGUAGAAGAAGGCCGCAGAAUCUUUCAUGCUAUGGAGGGAGAAUUUGGAAUCAGUCCAAAGCCUGAACACUUUUGUUGUUUCAUUGAUUUACUCAGCCGAAACGGUCUGCUUGAAGAAGCACAGCUUCUAGUGAAGGAUAUGCCUUUUGAACCUGAUAUUGCCAUUUGGGGAGCUUUGCUUGGGGGCUGCAGAGUAAGAAGUGACUCCAAGUUAGCAGAGGAAGUGGUAGGAAAAGCUAGUGAGCUGGAAGUAAAUGAUUCAGGAGUUCAUGUGCUGCUGUCUAAUAUUUAUGCCUCUAUGGAUCAACGGCCAGAAGCGCUAGCUGCAAGAGGAAAGAUGGAAGAGAGGAACAUAUCAAAGAAAGCUGGGUCCAGUGUUGUUCUUUAGGGUGUUCCUAAUGAAACUUUAAAGCUCAAGAAGGAAGUUUUGACAACAAUGGGAGGUUGUGGCCUUCUUAUAGCAACCUGACUGCAGUUUAGGCAGCAACAUGCCUGAACGUUUGCCGGGAGUCAAUCGACCGUUGUUGGUGGUAAGACAGUAGCUGCAAAAGGUCUGUUGCCGGAUCAUACAAUCAGGAGGGGAAAGACAACAGUCCACAUCAAGCGGAUCCUUCAUCCAUCAAACCUGAGAAUGAGGUUAUCUCGGGAAGUUAUGGCCAUACAUCAGAAGCUGUUCGAGGUUGAAACUCUAUGGCCCCUAAAGAUAAAAUGUCAUUGAUAUAUCUGUUGCUGUGAAGACGAAUUUCUAUAUCAUAAUUAUAAUCCUAGCGAAUUGAAAGUGAUUGUGCUUUAUUUACGCUCCUC